AUGCCUAUAUUUUCCGACACCGCAGGAGCAUACGGAGCAGGUUUAUCCGCCAAUAUACGAGCGGCGUACGGCUUUCUGGCACACAACUACGAUCCCAAUCCAGGUGACGAGAUCUUCUUCUUUGGCUUCUCUCGCGGCGCCUACACGGCCCGUUCGACCGCGGGGUUAGUGAACAAACUUGGUUUGCUCACCAAACGAGGCAUGGAUUAUUUCCCAGAUGUCUAUGAUGAAUUCCACGACGAUCCCACUAGUAAACCAGACUUUGAGUUUUCAGCGGAGCUCCUCAAGAAGAUUGGCAAUGAUGUUGUUGAACAAGCUAAGGAUGCGGUCAAGAUCGUGGGCGUGUGGGACACCGUUGAAUUCCAUGGUGAAGGGCUGGGGGAAGAAAAGAUCGAAUUCCACAAUGCCAAACUGUCACCUCGUGUUGCUUAUGCCUAUCAUGCUCUUUCGCUGGACGAGCGCCGCUGGCCCUCAGGAUACGAAGUCAACAAGGACGGUACAGGCUUGCAAUGCAUGAAGCAACUUUGGUUCUCUGGAGCACACAGUGACGUUGGUGGUGGCAAGUAUGAUCCAGGUUGUUCCGGCAUUGCGUUGGGAUGGAUGCUUGCGCAUUGCAACAAGGACAAGAAGUUGGCGCUUAUCGACGAAGAUCCCUAUGAGCCGACCAAUCCGAACGAGUACUAUCUCCUUCCAGACCGGUUGAAGCCGAAUCCAAAUGUCCAUUGGACUUGCCUGGCCAAUAAGCCAGAUCCAGAUCCUCUUGAUACAUGGUGGGACAAGGCCUGGGAUAAGCUCCAGAGCAUCCCUAGCGUAGAUCGCAAGGCUUUUUCCCCUGGAGAAUACGAUGGAAAGAAUCCAUCGUUCCAUCAACGAUCGGAAUCUCAAGGCCUGGCCGUGUGGGAUGCUCACCGGAAAUCAUCAUGGAGGAAGUUGGGAGUUGAAGCCCUCCUCCGCCGGGAAGGAUGGGAAGGCUCUGAUGCAGGCGGAAACGGAUCCGGUCGCGGACCAGAUUGA